CCGCUGCCUCCUCGCAUGCACCGUCGCCACCUUUGAACACGUUUCAAUUACCAGCGAAUACGGACGACGGUUGCAACAAUGCUAAGAGUUACUACGACAAUCUGCUCAACACAUAUAUUUCGCCUGGAGACAGGUUUUGGCAUCUCGGACAAUUGAUCACGAAAGGUGAUUCCGUUCUUGUAAUAGAUGCUUCUUCCGGGAGGGAUGAGAAUUCAAAUGAAUCGGAUGUUGAAGUGUUGAAAAAAGUAGAGAACGAGAGAAGUUGCAUUAACGAGACCUCAAUUUUUAAUGGUCGUCACUCUCCGUUGGUUGUCGUGCAGAAACCAGAUGGUUCGAAGACACGUAUAAAUAAGAAUCUUCUGGGAGAAGGGAAAAUUCAAAUACAUCUUAAGGCAUCAUAA